AUGCCAAAUAAGACAUCAAUUAGAGAAUUCAUUCUUCUGGGACUUACAGACGACCCACAAUUACAAGUUGUGAUUUUCACCUUUAUGUUAAUCACAUACUUACUGAGUGUAAGUGGAAACAUGACUAUCAUUGUCUUAACAUUAUCAAAUAUACAUUUAAAAACGCCUAUGUAUUUCUUCCUCAGAAACUUCUCUUUCUUAGAAGUUUCAUUCACAACCGUCUGCGUUCCUAGAUUUUUAAUUAGUAUUGCUACAGGAGAUGCAACCAUUUCCUACAAUGCUUGCAUGGCACAAGUAUUUUUUUUAAUCCUUUUGGGUGCAACAGAGUUUUUCCUUCUGGCUGUCAUGUCCUAUGACCGCUAUGUGGCUAUCUGCAAACCCCUACAUUACACAACCAUUAUGAGUAACAAAGUUUGCACUCGACUUGUUAUCAGCUCCUGGGUGGCUGCUGGUUUCCUCAUUAUUUUCCCUCCCGUGAUUAUGGGCCUCCAGCUGGAUUUCUGUGACUCCAACAUCAUUGACCACUUCACCUGUGAUUCUUCUCCUAUGCUACUGAUUGCUUGCACAGACACAGAGAUUCUAGAACUUAUGGCAUUUUUCUUGGCAGUAUUCACACUCAUGUUAACUUUGGCCUUGGUGAUUCUCUCUUACACACUCAUCCUUAGAACAGUUCUGAAGAUCCCCUCAGCCCAGCAAAGGAAAAAGGCCUUUUCCACUUGUUCCUCUCAUAUGAUUGUAGUUUCCAUUUCUUAUGGGAGUUGUAUUUUUAUGUAUGUAAAAACAUCUGCCAAAGAAGGUGUGGCUCUGAGCAAAGCUGUAGCGGUACUGAACACCUCUGUUGCUCCCAUGCUGAAUCCUUUUAUUUAUACCUUAAGGAACCAGCAGGUGAAACAGGUUCUGAAGGACUUCACUAAAAAAAUAUUAUCAAACAAGCACUAA